CCCUUAAGACAGAGCUUGCCAAGGAGAAGUGCAGUGGAGUGACCAGAGGAAAUCCUUAGAGUAAACUCAGCCUCCAGGAACUGACCGCUGGUGGGCGUUGUGGCCAUUCAUGGACACCUAACCAUUCAAAAAGAAGGACGUUGUCCCUUUUGUGUCAUUCUGAAUGACUGAGAACCCCGGGGUCCUAUCUCCAUCAUUACACAGGAAACUGAGUACUUCCUACUCUAUCAGGACCUUGAACCUUGAAUUCAUAAAGACUCUCAGAGCUCUAGAAACAAAUACUUCGUGGACACAGUCCCUUGAAACCACAAAACGUGAAUUUCUACGCAGGAAACAUUCAUUAAGCAGUGUAGAGGAAAAAGCACUAGAGACUCCAGAUUGAAGAUGGGAAUUACGAUAAAGCGCACACUGCCUUUAACAGCAAAGUAAAUCCAGAAACCAUUUUCCUUGACCGUGGGAGAAGCCAGGAUGGAAACUUCAGCCUCCCCACAGGACUACGUGGUGACCACAGAAUAUUUCUACGGGGCGGACACAACCCCGUGCCCGAAAACCGAGCUGAGGGCUUUAGGGGCUCAGCUGUUGCCCCCCUUGUACUCCCUGGUCUUUAUUGUUGGGCUGGUCGGCAAUAUCCUGGUGGUCCUGGUCCUUAUGCAAUACAGGAGGCUCAGGAGCAUGACCAGCAUCUACCUCCUCAACCUGGCCAUCUCUGACCUGCUCUUCCUCUUCACGCUGCCCUUCUGGAUUGACUACAAUCUGAAGGACAACUGGGUGUUCGGUAACGGCAUGUGCAAGCUGCUCUCGGGGCUUUAUUACAUAGGCUUGUUCAGCGAGAUCUUUUUCAUGAUCCUGCUGACCGUCGACAGGUACCUGGCCAUCGUCCAUGCUGUGUUUGCCCUGAGGGCCCGGACUAUCACCUUGGGGAUCGUCACCAGCGUCAUCACCUGGGUCCUGGCCAUAUUGGCUGCCAUCCCAGGCUUUUACUUUUCCAAGAUCCAGUGGGAGCUCACUCAAUUCACCUGCAGUCUUCACUUCCCUUAUACAAGCCUCAGACAGUGGAAACAGUUCCAGGCUCUGAAACUGAACCUCCUGGGGCUGAUUUUGCCUCUGGUCAUCAUGAUCGUCUGCUACACAGGAAUUAUAAGGGUUUUGCUCAGACGGCCCAACGAGAAGAAGGCCAAAGCCGUCCGUCUGAUUUUUGUCAUCGUGAUCAUCUUCUUUCUCUUUUGGACCCCGUACAAUCUGACUAUGUUUGUUUCUGCUUUCCAAGACGUCCUUUUGACCCAUGGGUGUGAGCAGAGCAAGCAGCUGGACCUGGCCAUACAAGUGACGGAGGUGAUCGCUUACACGCACUGCUGCGUGAACCCUGUCAUCUACGUCUUUGUCGGCGAGAGGUUCCGCAAGUACCUGUGCCAGUUGCGCCUUGCUGCAUGGCUCCCCUUCCUUCCCAAAGAGAGGUUGGAGAGGACCAGCUCCACGUCCCCCUCCACGGGGGAGCAUGAGCUCUCUAAUGGGUUCUGACACAGGUCUCUGGAUCUGGAUUUUGAUCUAGGAUCCAGACGCCGGCUGGAGACGAGGCAGCUUGGCUCUGCCGGCCAGAUUCUGACCACUGACACAGCAUGGAAUGACGCCACACAGGGCUGAGGGAGCUUAAAAGUGGUCCAGACUAGAUCACCUCGGGGGCUUGAGUCUACUCUAUGAACUUUUCCCUGGAGAUGAAUGAGUGAACAGAGGCAAAGGGGGCCAGUGAAGGGCCUCGGCCCAAACAGGGUUUCAGAUUUGUGAACAUUAACAUUUGCAAACAAAGUCACUGAGCAUCCCCCAUCUCUACCCCCACCACCAGCGAAGUUGGAAACAGUGGUUUCCACAGUUGACUUCAUUUCCAGCCCAGAGCCAAUCAGGAGCCGGCAGCUGCCUCCACCCACCCACCGCAGCCCCACUGCAGGUUUUAGGCUCUUGGAAACCCUGAGGGACAUUGAACUCAUGAUGGAAGAACUUGAAACCUCUUGGGAAGUAGGACUGGGAAACUGCUGUUGGCAGUGGAACUUCCCUUAGAGAGAAUUUUUAUAGUCACCGAAGUCAAACAAUUCAGACAAUAGGCUAGACACUGACCAUGUGUAUAAUACGUUGAACUUCUUGAAAUAGCCAUAGAGGGAAGGCUCAUUAUUUCCAUUACCAUUCCUUUCUUCCUGAAUAUUUUCAGAACGUCCCUUCUCUGUCAGUUGAGGGAUAUGGUAGUAAAUUCUGACAGCUUUAUUGCAGAAAUUACUAACGGGCCAAAGGAGACGGUUGAUUUCUUCCUCUGGUUCUCCAUCCAAACCUUCUGUUUUUAUGGAUCAGAGUUCUGGCUACCACCUUGGACCCAGCAGCAGGAAAAUGGCCUGAUGUGAAAGCUG